AUGCCGUCUGUUUACAUUGCCGGACCUGACGUGUUCUACCCUAACGCGAGAGAGCUCGCUGAAAAUGCACGUGCUUUAGCGAAGCAAUAUGGUCUCACAGCAUUGAUACCAACUGACAACGAAGUGAAAGAUGGCACUAAACAAGAGAUUUCUAAGGCAAUUUUCCGGGCAAAUGUUCAAAUGAUUGAGUCCGCAGAUGCUGUGGUAGCUAAUAUUUCGCCCUUCCGUGGUCCUUCUGCAGAUGCGGGGACAGUGUGGGAGAUUGGCUAUGCUCGCGGUACAGGUAAGCCCGUCGUGGCCUUCUCAGACGAUACCCGCGACUACAAGACAAGGGCAGAGAAGUAUCCCGAUGGAAAUAUGAUUGAGGAUUUUGAGAAUGUUGAUAACUUGAUGAUCGCGGAGUGCUUGCAGGGCAAAGUUCACCGAUCCAUUGGCGAUGCACUCAAAGCAGUGUCGGAAGCACUCUAG